AAGAAUAAAAAACUUGAAUUUCCUGUUAUAGACUCCCCUAAUCACUGUUAUCAAAAACCUUAAAAAAAUUAAAAAAAAAAAAAAUUGUUGUGUUAAAAAUGCAGUGCAAUUGUGACCAUCUCUUGGACAGUUCUAAAGAUCACUACAACAACUGUAGUGCCGUGUGGGAUGAACGCAAGAUUGGUUAUCCAUGUCCGAAGAACCAUGACGGGACACUGCGUUUGCGCAACCCGCACCUGCGACACCUAGAGCGUGACUUCAUCUACCACCUGGGCCUGGACACUAGCGCCGACAUGUCCGCCAUGUUCGGUGACGUCAAGUUCGUCUGUAUGGGCGGCACCAAGCACCGCAUGCGCGAGUUCGCUCUGCACGUAAGACAGGCGCUGGGUCUGCCUGCCACGGACACAGGCAAACUGGAGAACCUCACAAAACACGCGCAACGGUACGCCAUGUAUAAAGUCGGCCCUGUCAUCUCUGUCAGCCACGGCAUCGGAAUACCCUCCAUGAGCAUCCUCCUCCAGGAGAUGUUCAAGCUGCUUCACUACGCGCGCGCACAGGACCCAGUAUUCUUCAGAAUAGGGACCAGUGGGGGCCUCGGUGUGCCCCCGGGGUCGGUGAUCGUGUCCUCUUGGGGCCUGAAUGGGACUUUGGAGAAAAGCUACAAUAUUCCUGUGCUGGGCAAGGUGCGUAAACUGCCCUCGUUCUUCGAUGAGCGGCUGUGCAGGGAGGUGCAGUCAGUGGCCACAAACGAGGGAUACACCACAUAUAUCGGAGGCACUAUGGCUGCCGAUGAUUUCUAUCGAGGUCAAGCUCGCCUUGACGGACCAUUCUGCGACCACACAGAAGCGGACAAAAUGUCCUUCCUUCGCACUCUCUCAGAGCUAGGCGUGAAGAACAUAGAAAUGGAGGCCACAGCCUUUUCCGCGUAUACCAGGGAGGCAGGAGUGCGAGCAGCUGACGUGUGUGUCACCCUUCUGGACAGACUGCAGGGCGACCAGGUGACGUCAAGCAAAGCAACGAUGGUGGAGUGGGAAAACCGUCCCAUAGCCCUGGUGGGGAGUUUCAUCGCCAACUGCUGCAAGCGCCGGGGUUUGGUCAAUGGCAGACAAUAACCCCCAAACAAUCAAACCCCCGUUAUCAAUUUUGCAAUUUAAUAUAAAUCAGGGUUGCCAAAAGUAUCUACCUUAGGAUCUACCUUAGGGAACAGUAACUUCAGCAUUGGUGACCAAGUAAAAUAUUAAAAUAAUAAUUUUACCAAGAAAUAGAUAUCCAUUGAAUUCACAAAAAGAGCUGCGCAAAAAUAGUUUAUAAUUAUUCGCCACAUUUUUUAUUAUGAAAAUUAUACUUAAACUUAUUCCAAAUCCUAUUGUUGUAUGUUGUAUGUUGAAUACGCAUAUGGACCACAUGAUACAAUUUAAAGCGGAUUUAUGACUUAACCCUAAAGUCUAUCGCGCCAACAUACUUACCACGCAUAGUCUCUACAAUAAGAAUUACUGUUCGAAAUCAAAUGACUAGAAAGAAAAAUGCCAUUGACUUAUACAUAAAGACGAGCCUUACGGGCACUAAGAAUGGUGCUAGUUCAGCGAUAUUUCACUAACGAAUUCGAGCCAAUCGUGCAGUCUAACGCAACUAAUAGUUGCGAUUAAUUGCGCGUGUGAUGCGAACUCAUCGCAUCGCGUUGUGGCGUUAGAAUGCACGAUUGGCUCGGAUUCGUGUGCAUGACACAGCGGAGCGGUACUGGUACCAUUCUUAGUGCCCGUAAGGCCCGUCUUUACGAAUAUAUAAGUCAAUGGUUAAGGCGAAGUUAUGUACUAAAGACGAAUUUAGGGUACCAACGUAAUUUCACCAACCCCUAUUUUAAAUUAAUUACACCAUUAAUAACGUGGUCAACAUUGGGAGUUGGUUUGGUAAUACGAUCAAGGAAUUGAAUUUCACAGUCACAGUGACAAUAGUAAUGAGGUCUCUAGCGAGUUU